AUGCUGGCGAAAUGGGAUACCGCUUCCCAAAGAGGACAGGAACUUCAUAGAACAGCAGAUACAUUAGCAACCAAUGCAUCACUAGCCAACACGUCAACCAACGUCUCCUCAGUUCACUCAUCUUCAUCCAACUCUUCGUCCAUCAACCAAUCACCCGUCAAGUCAUCUUCAGUUGGCAGAUCUUCAGUCCACUACUUCAACACAACUGUAGUCGAUUCAUCUUCAGACUCAAAGGAAGCACUGAGGUCAUCAGUAGGUCUGCGUAGGCCAACAGAUCCCUGUUCGUUUCCUUGUCUGAAUGGAGGUCAGUGUGUCCAUCCUGAGUCAUGUGACUGCAGUUUAUACCAAGCUACUGGAACACGAUGCCAAGCAGUUCCUAACCCAGGAUUUGAGAGGGAGAUGGCGUGUCGGUCGUGGGGCCAGUAUAACUACGAGACGUUUGAUGGGCUGUACUAUCACUUUCCUGGGAGAUGUACCUACACUCUGCUGAGAGACUGUGAAGACACCAGCCAGGCCAGCAUCCUCAUACAGGUCCACAAUGACCCAGACUGCCGCUCGUCUCCCUACUCCUGCACGCGGUCAGUUAGUCUCUUCCUGCCCUGGGAAGGAGAGAUCAGGUUGCACAGGUCCAAAGUUACCUUCAAGGGACAGAGUGUUCAGCUGCCUCACCACAUCCAUGACGUGGAGCUGGAGAGGAUCUCCCGCUAUGUCUUGGUGACCCAGCAACAUGGCUUCACCCUGGCCUGGGACGGACACAGUGGCUCUGUCUACAUCAAGCUGAGCCCAGAGUGGGUGGGCAGGACCUGCGGUCUCUGUGGCAACUUCAACGCAGACGUACAGGAUGACCUGAAGACCAGCUACGGUGUGGUGACGGAGGACCUGUCCAUGUUUGGGAACAGCUGGGUGGAGGAGGAGCUUCACCAGGCCAGGUGUCCCAUGGUGCCCUUCAUGUUCCCCUCGCCCUGCGCCUCACGUGACCCACACAUACUACUGAAAGUGGAGGAGGUGUGUGCAAUGCUUCUGAUGGAACCAUUUACCGGCUGUCAUGAGUUUGUCAGUCCUCUGUCUUACAUGGCUAGCUGCUCCAACGACCUCUGUCUGUCGGGUCCCAACGGUGAUGUGGUAUGCCAGGUGUUCACGGAGUAUGCCCGGGCCUGUGCCCACGCCGACCACCCACUGACGGACUGGCGGACUCACAUACCACAGUGUGCGAUGCCGUGCCCUCCCGGUCUGCAGUAUAAGGAGUGCAUCACCUGCUGCCCUGUGUCCUGUAACAUGGACAGAAUGUGCUUUGACAACAAGCUGCAGUGUCUAGACGGAUGCUACUGUCCCGACGACCUGAUCUAUGGAGGAAGUUGUGUGAAGGCCUCAGACUGUCCCUGUGAAUACCACGGCAUGGUCUACCCCUUCGGACAGACCGUUCAGGAGGAGUGUAACAACUGCACGUGUGUGGGAGGAGUGUGGAACUGCACAGAGUACAGCUGCCCAGGAGAGUGCUCUGUGACUGGGGACAUGUACUUCCACUCGUUUGACGGCAGGAUGUUCACCUUCCCAGCUUCCUGUCAGUAUGUCCUGGCUAAGAGUCGUAACUCAGGGAAGUUCACUGUCACCAUUCAGAACGCCCCGUGUGGACCCCAUUUGGACGGGUCUUGUAUCCAAUCAGUCAGCCUGGUCAUAGACGAGGACCCACGGACUGAGAUCACACUGACCCACCUAGGAGAGGUCUUCAUGGCAGGACAGUACCGUAUCUCUCUGCCCUAUUCAGACGAGGUGUUCCACAUCCAGGAGCUGUCCUCCAUGUACCUGCAGGUGCGUACUGCUCUGGGUCUGCAUCUGCAGUACAGCUGGAGGGAGUUCCGUCUCUACCUGCAGGUGGAUGAGCUGUGGAAGGGCGACACGGUGGGGCUCUGUGGAACCUUCAACGGAAACAUCCAGGACGACUUCCUGUCCCCGUCUGGUAUGAUAGAGAGCACCCCUCACCUGUUUGGCAACGCCUGGAGGGUAUCCUCUGCCUGUGUCCCCAGCCAGAGUGUUCCCCAGCUUGACCCAUGUGACACGCAUCAGCAAGCAGCAUCCUACGCCUCUGAGAUGUGUGACAUCCUGAACCAGGAGUUGUUCUCAGCGUGUCAUGAGUACCUGAGUCCGGUGCCCUUUCACCAACAGUGUAAAGCAGACACCUGUAAGUGUGGCCAGCCCUGCCUCUGCUCUUCCCUGGCCCACUAUGCUAGACAGUGCAGGAAGUACUCUGUCAUCACAGAGUUCAGAGCCAGCGUACCUGACUGUGAGGUGACAUGCCCAGAUACCAUGGAGUACGGAACCUGUGUGUCGUCGUGCCAACGGCGUUGCUCCGCCCUGUCCACGCAGCAGCACUGUGGAGAGGAGUGUGAGGAGGGCUGUGUGUGUCCACACGGCACCUUCUACAGCACACACACACACACCUGUGUGCCCAGGAGCUCCUGUCCCUGUAGUUUCCUGGGGGCGGACUAUGCUCCAGGCGAUGUGAUCAUGACAUCAGCAGGUGUACAGAUUUGCCAAGAUGGCAAGCUAGUUUCCCAAAGUCCUGCCACUGACCAACAGUGUCCGCUGGGUCAGAUGUACCUGGACUGUACUGAGAGGCUGGAGGGGCUGAAGGCUGUAGAUGGGAUCAGCCUGGGUAGAGGACUGGGCUGUGAACACACCUGUGAAUCCCACCUGCUCAACCUCACCUGUUCAGCUCAUGAACCGUGCAUACCUGGCUGUGUCUGUCCCCCUGGAUUGCUGAAACAUGGUGAUGAGUGUUUUGAGCCUGACGCCUGCCCCUGCCUCUGGAAGGGGAAAGAGUACUAUCCAGGAGAUAGAGUCAUCCCCUGUCAUCAAUGUGUCUGCCAGCAUGGAACAUUCCAGUGUGUGUUCCGUCCGUGUCCAUCCAUGUGCACAGCCUACGGGGACCGCCACUACAGGACCUUUGAUGGUCUACUGUUUGACUACGUGGGAGUGUGUAAAGUCUACCUAGUAAAGAGCAGUGCUGAUCUGAUGAUGAGUGUGACGGCUGAGAACGUGGACUGUUACGACAGCGGCGUCAUCUGCAGGAAAUCUCUACUCAUCAACAUUGGUAGAUCUUUCAUUGCGUUCGACGACGACAGUGGCAAACCAAACCCAUCCAGUGUGAUCGACUGGAGGCAGGAGAUGUUCAUAUGGAGCGCUGGGCUCUUCACCAUGGUCCACGUUCCCGAGGAGGACCUGACCGUGCUCUGGGAUCGCAAGACCACGGUCCACAUCCAGGCUGGACCACGCUGGCAGGGCAAGCUGAGCGGUCUGUGUGGGAACUUUGACCUGAGGACGGUCAAUGAGAUGAGGACACCAGAGAACAUAGACUCUGCCACGCCUCAGGAGUUUGGCAACAGCUGGACGGCAGCUGAGUGUGUUAACAGCCCAGACAUCAGACACCCCUGCAGUCUGAACCCCCUGAGGGAGCCGUUCUCCAAGAGGCAGUGUGGAGUCCUGCUCAGCGAGGUCUUCCUGGUCUGCCACCCGGUGGUGAGUAUGGAGUAUGACAGCCAGCAGCUCAACCAAUGGAGGGAGGGCUGUGUUGCGAGUGUGGGCUGUAGUCUGGCAGAUACGUGCGGUGGGGACUGUGAGUGUUUCUGUACCAGCGUGGCAGCCUACGCCCACCGAUGCUGUCACCAGGGUGUCACCGUGGACUGGCGAUCUCCGUCGAUCUGCCCCUACGAUUGUGAAUACUACAACAAAAGUGUUCCUCUCCUCUGUCUUGUAGUUCUGGGUAAAGGCCCCUACAGGCUGGUGACCUACAGGGAGAGGGACACGGUGCUGGCAGCCAACAGGUCCAGUGGGACAGUGUUCCCUAAGAAAGGAGACCCUGCUGCGGCUGGCUUCCUGUCCCUCUUCAUGAUGACCCCUGGGCUCAGCAGAGCGCGUCCGCAUGACACGUCCCUGGUGUCGUUCGAGGCGUCCGAUCGGCCCAACUACUUCCUGGCUGUGGACAGCAGCGGCCAUCUUACACUGACCAAGUGGGAGGAGAGUGAAGCAUUCUGGGCUGUGGCUACCUUCACGCUGCACCGUGACACCUGGAUCCAGGGUUAUGAUUCUCUGGAGGCUUUGGCCAGACCGGGAUUCUUCCUCCACUACAUGCUGUCCUGGAUUCACCUCAUGAAGUACAAACACACCGACGGAUUCCGCAAGGCCACGCUCUUCAAACUGACAGGCCCUGGUCCAGACACCCCUACGGGUCCUCAGUGCCAGUGGAGGUAUGAGUCGUGUGUCAGCCCCUGCUUCAGGACCUGCAGUGACCCCUCGGGGGGGUUAUGUGGCACCGUUCCAAAAGUGGAGGGAUGUCUGCCUCUGUGUCCUGGUCACAUGGUGCUGGAUGAGGUUACUCAGAGAUGUGUCCAUGUUGAAGACUGCAUUAAGCCACCAGUUGCUGUGCAGCCCAUUACUACUGUCAGCAGUGUUGAGUCAACGCCUGCAGCUGUCACUCCUUCAGCCACCACAACCACCACUAGGAGCAGCCCGGCUAGCCCUGGCCUCUCUACGGCACGCUCCACCCCGGGUCCCCCUGUCCCCCUCACCACCACCUCCAUCCAGCCUCCCUACACCACCACCCCUUCAGACACAGUCCCCACCACUGCAGCCACCGCCACCAUUCCUAUUGUCUCAACUUCUGCUUUGGAUGCUCUGACCACCUCUGCUAAGGUUCCGACCACAGUGAGCGAUCAGGUGGUUCUGCCCAGCACCUCUUCAGCCGUACCGACCCCAGAGGGAACCAGUUUAGCAGCAACACCCUCAUCUCCAUCCCUGGCCACUGCAGUCAGACCUGAGGUGGUGGAGGUUGAAUCUACAGUGAAGACAUCUCCAUCCUUACCCUCCACUACAGAAGGCAGUACAGAGAGGACGACCAGGGCCCCCAGUUCCACACCCAGCCCCCUAGGCCCCAGCACAGAGAGGACCAGCCAGGUCCCCUUCUCUAUCACAGCUCUGUUCUGGCUCACGUCCUCCACCACCAGCCCUCCUCCAUCCACUACCAUGGGCCCCUGGAUAAGCUCCAGUGGGCCUCCUCAGACCAGCGCCCUGCCUGCAGUACCAGUCACCCCCACCAGUGUGACCACCAAGGCCACCACACGUCCAGGAGACACAGUGACUCCAGUCUCAACCACCUCUAGUCCACGUCCAACCACAGUCUCAGAGACACCCAGGGACACAGCUUGGACUACAACUAGGACUACAACCAGGUCUACAGCUUCUAUAACCACCCUUGGUGCACCCACAGAGACAAGCACAAAGCCUGUAACUGUGGAGACAACCGAGCCAUCAACAAUCAAAGUCCUCUCUCCUGGUGUAUCGACUACAGCCGAUACUACAGUACCCUCUCUCUCACCGACCUCCACCGUUCACACCGAAACAACAACAAUACCACCACCUCCAGAACCCACUUCAAAACACAGCACAGUAUCAACCUCACUAGUCACCCCUUUCACUACUCUCAGCACUACACCGUCCACACGCCCGAAGACAACACCACCACUUGUUUUCACGGCAACCACAGAGAAGACCGUUCACACCUCCCCGACAGAGCUAAGGACAUCCACAACUCCAGUUCCUGAGCUACCGACUACCACCGCUGUUCCCAUGCUAGAGAACCACAGAACACACAACCACAACCGCACACCCGACCGAAGCUGUGGACUGAGACUGACCACUACUACCGGUCCCCCGACCGUACGGACCACAACAACUCAACCCAUCACAAUGGAAAUCUCCAGCACGACCACCAAACCUCCAGACCUUCUGGUAACGACCACAGAGACCACCUUUACCUCUCCUUCCAUCUCGACCACAACAGAGGCAGUGGUCCCAACCACAACCACGUUACCUGUAUCACCGGUGUCACACACAGAGACCACCACGACUGUGCCAGGUCCACCAGUGGCUGUAGGGACCGUAACGACCCAGCCCCCCACCACACUGAAGACCACAAAGCCUUGGAGGCCCCCCCACAGCGAAACCUCCACCACUCCUUCUAGCCCUGUCUCUAGCACAGAGAGGGUGACCACACCUGAGGUCCCAGUGAAACCUGCGGUCAGCACAGAAGUAGACGUCUCUCCACACCAAGUCUUCUCCACUACCACCACUGACGCACUUCACCACGUUGCUUCAUCUACAGCGCCAGGCCUCACCACCACAACCUCAGUUACCAUGACGACCACCGCCAAAACCACCACAGCUCCGCCCGAGACUUCAACCGGCGCAGUUUCAACCUCCAGGACGGAGAGACCUCCUGCGACACCCGAACACCCGGCCGUGCCUGGUGUACCUGGGGAACCAGCAUUAUCUCUCACCACAACGGUCCCCACGACAACUGUCCCACCUGUACCUGGUGUCCAUACGACCACCAUCACACCUUUACCUGUGACCAUCAGACCGCUAACAGAGACUACUAGCGUUCCUCCCGAUACAGGAAGGGUGGAAGUAUUGUCUACUACUUCCACAACAACUACACAAGAACCAACUUCUUCCUGGUCUGGUCCAGUAACCACAACCAGCUCCUCCACCUCCACCACGUCAGUCCCCAGACCCACUAGCCACCCAGAGAGAGUCACUACCAGAGUGGUUCCUACUUCUAAAGUGGUCUCCAAGACAACCCACAGACCAAUGACAACAACACGCAGAACAACAACAAGCAGGGUUCCCGUGACGACGUCCAGAACUGCCACAACGGUGAGGUCCACCGCCAGACCGAGCACUGUUAGGGCAACUGUAGAUACAACUGUAGACCAGGCUCCUCUGAGCCUGGUCACAGCUACCGUCUCAGAGGUUGUUCCAACCACGACCGUUCGUACCACGACCAAACCAGUCACCACUGCCAGAACCACAGAAUCUACCGCCGUCCCCACAGAACCCACUGGCACGACCACAUCCACUUCUGUUUCCGUUCCCAGCCUGACCACGGUCACAGAAUCUACCGCUGUCCCCACAGGACCCACAGGACCCAUAGGACCCACAGGAACGACCACAGAACCAUCCACAUCCACCACUACUACACCAGAAGGAAUAGUACCAUCCACCACUAGAGAGACAGGGGAUACUCCAGCAUUCACAGAGAGCACAACCAGAAUGACUCCUUCGCCUGACCUGCUGACCUCUACAGAGGUCGCAGCCACUCCAGGGGUCACACCAAAGGUCACGCCAAAGGUCCCACCAGAUGUGACAGCAGCUCCCUCAGUCCCCGCCUUGCCCCCCACGGCCACCUCGACCUCCACCCCAGAGCCAGAGAGGGUGGACGGAGUAGACACCACUGCACCAAAGACUCCAUCACCGUCACCUGUGUCUCCGUACACCACAUCAGAGACAACCGGGUCACCUUCGGUAGCAUCGCCGUAUACCACGACAGAGCGUGUAGGAACUACGGCAGAGGUUACUACAUCCAUGGCAGUGUCCUCAACUAGGAUGUGUACUCCUCCCUAUUCAGAGAUCAUAGAUGAGUGUACCAAGUUCCUCUGUGUGAGCGGCCAGCUGGUCCGAUUCAACAUGUCCCAGAACUGUCUGUAUAACUCCACCCCUCCUAACUGCGGCCUGCUCGGCUUCGCCAUCCUGGUCAACGGGGACAAGUGCUGCCCGCAGUGGGACUGCCCAUGUCGCUGCUCAGUGUUCCCCGACCUGAACGUGAUCACGUUUGAUGGUAACAGCGUGGCCAUCUACAAGGCUACCUCCUACAUUGUGACCCAGCUGCCCAGCGAGACCGUCAGCAUCGUGGUCCAGGAAUGCCCCGCUGACUCAGACACGCUGCUGUGGAAUUUCACCAACCUGUGUCUCGUGGUUUUGAACAUUACCCACAAGUCCAACCACCUGGUCAUCAACAGACUGCAGAGGAGGCUGUAUGUGAACUCGAGGUACGCCAAGCCGAGGUUCAAGAAGUUUGGCUUUGAGAUCCUGGACACCGGCAACAUGUAUCUGAUCCGUACGCCAGCGGGCCUGAAGCUGCAGUGGUUCCACAGCACGGGCAUGUUGGUCAUCGAGACAGAGAGCUACAACAGCAAACUGCCCACCAUGGGCCUCUGUGGCUGCUGUGAUGGUAACCCGGCCAACGACCUGAUGCUGUCGAAUGGGACGACAGUCGGGGAGAGCGAGGACCCAGCGGUGUUCAUCGACAGCUGGCAGGUCCCCAACACCACCAGUUACAUCAGCCACAGCCGGCGCAGAGAAGUCAACUGUUCCACCAGCGACUGUUCCCAGUGUAUGACCAUGCUCCGAAACACCUCCUUCAGCCCCUGCCAUGCUUUUGUUCCUCCCAGUACGUUCUGUGAGGUGUGGGUCCGUGACGCGGAGUACGUCACCAACCCGUGUGUCGCGCUGGCUGCCUACGUGGCAUCUUGUCACAAGUUCAACGUCUGCAUGGAGUGGAGGAGCCCAGACUACUGUCCCUUCAUGUGUCCAGACCGACUGCGUUACCAGGCCUGUCUGCCUACCUGUACAGCCCAGUCCUGCUCCAACCACGACUUUGACCACGACCCUGAGCAGUGUACAGGCCUGACAGAGGGAUGUGUUUGUCCUGAAGGCACUCUGCUCCAUCGACCCUACUCUGCCCUCUGCAUCCCCCCUGAGAAGUGUGCCUGUACGGACAGUUCGGGUGUACCCCGUGCUCCUGGCGAGGUGUGGAAGGCGUCUAAAGAUGGCUGCUGUAUGUAUCGCUGUGACAACGACAGCAUCGUUCCCGUGGAGUAUAACUGCUCUGCCGUGCCUCAGCCACUCUGCCGCAGGGCCGGGGAAGUGGUCAUCGGUCUGGCAGACGACACCUCCUGCUGCCCACAGAGAGCCUGCGUUUGUAACCAGACCCUGUGUGACAUCUUCCCCCCGGAGUGUCAGUAUGGAGAGAAGCUGGUGUCUUACUUCAGAGAGGACUCCUGCUGUCCAGACUACGUCUGUGAGUGUGACCCAGAGCGCUGUGAGUCAGACGUCCCAGCCUGUAGAGAGGACCAGACCCUCAUCGCCACCAGGGCUGAUGGCAGCUGCUGCCUGGCACACAUCUGUAUGUGUGGUUCCUGUUUGGAGGUGGUCCCAAACUGCCAAGAUGGAGAGGUGUUGACGGUGGACGCCAACAGUACAGACCUCUGCUGUCCUGUCUACCACUGUGUGUGUGAGCCGUACCGGUGUGCUGCGUUGUCAUGUCCCUUGGGGAUGUCUGCUGUCACCGUGUCCCCUCCAGACCACUGCUGUCCCCUUCACACCUGCGAGUGUGCAUGUGACAAACUGUCGAAGCCAAAAUGUGUUCUG